AUCAAAAAAACAUAAUCCCUAACAAUGGUGAUGGAGGCAUACAGGUCAGGUCUUGUGGCACAUCCAAAACGGACUUUAGCUGGAAAGUUCUUCACAAGUGUUUGUCCACCGUCCUUUGACAGAACAGAAAUCAUACUGCAGCAGCAAUGGAAACUUUCCCGCGGCUUCAAGGUUUUCGCUUUUGAGAAAGACGAUAUUAUCUUAUUCGAAUUCAGGACAAAGAGAGACAAGAAGAAGGUUGUAAAAGGUGGACCUUGGAACAUUGAUGGUAUCUUAUUAGUCCUCAAGGAAUGCCCACAAGACAUUUCCUUGGCUGAUAUUGAUUUCUCUGUUGCUUGCUUCUGGGUCAAGAAUUGUGGAAAACCCUCAAAGCAGAGACCUUUGACCCGUGAGUUUAAAACGCAUGUGUAUGGGCCAUGGCUGAGAUACGACCCUGAACCGGCUGGUAAGGGUUUACCUGUGAAACCGAACUACUUUGAGUUGUGUAAUGAGGUUGGUUUGGAGUACGAGGAGACACUUACUUACGCUCAAUUCUUGGUAGGGGUCGAGGUUGAUGUUAUUUACGCGAGCGAGCAUGAGUGGGGCGGCAAGAAACUGAUUCGUUCCUUGUUAAUAACCGAGUAUGAUUACUGUUUCCGGUUUCCUUGUUCCCCGACACGAGUUAUCAAAGAUGUUUUAGCGCUUGAAGUCGAUAAGAUCUCGCCUCUGGCGAGGUUGACAGCAGAGGACAAGGCCAGCAUCGUUUGUGGCUUCGUGGAUCACUUAAUGACGCAGAGGGAGACUUGGUCGAAGAAGAGAUGGGUUCCUCUCUUAGUUCGUGUCGAGAAAACAAUAUUGGUACCACCAGUGGAUAUGGAGACUAUGCUUCAAGAAGCCAAAGAUAAAGAACUUCAUGAAACCAUCAAUUCCAUGGUUAUUAAAUUGGUUGACCCAUGUUUAGAGAAGUCAGACGAUUUACUGAUGAGGAAUAUUCGAGAUGGCAUUGGUGAGGUUGGUUUGACUCAUCAGGUCCCGGAUUUUUAUAUAGAGAUGUUGAUGGGAUGGGUGAAAGACUUGAACAACUUUUCACCAAGAAGUUCCAAAUUAAAAUUGCAUCCUGAUCAUAACAAGUGUGUCACAGUGCUUGGCCUCGAUAUGGAUUUGUUUGGUACAUGUUGUGUAUGUCAAGAAGAUUUUUUCCUUGGGGAGGAAGCAACGCUUACUUAUCCUUGUUCUCAUGCUUUCCACACUUGCUGCAUUGAAGACUGGAUUCAACAAUCUCAAAAGUGUCCACUCUGCCGUCUCCAGCUUCAAGUGUUAUCGAGUCUUGAUGUGUUUAGCUAGUUUCCUAAUCCACAUAAGAAGCUCCAGUUUCUCCUAAUACAUCUUUCCAUGAUAA